AUGGACAUAAAACGAAUGUUCGAGCUCAGAAUGUUCCGACUGUCGGCGCCUUCUAAUAGGGCGAAAGUACAGCCGGUCGACUGCAUUCUGAAUGCGAAAUUCCAUAUAAUUCAAAGCGGACUGGCUAGCGAACUUUAUAAAAUACUAACAAGGGUGAAGAAAGCAACUGUUGACGGUAUAAUCAAGGAAAUGGAUGGCUACCCGAAGGAAGUACUGUGGACAUACUUCAUCGAUUAG